AUGCAUCCGAAAAUGGACAGAAAUAGGGAUUGUCAAGAAGUACGAUUCAAUGAAGGUUUAUUAACUGGUUCAACCGAGCUGCUUGAGGCAACAAAGUUUUAUCAAAAUUGUUUUGAUGAAGAUACUGAAAGUCGUUGGAUGGAAUUUUACGAGGAAACCAAAGCCAAUAAUCAAGCAACAUUCAAAUCGGUUACAGCAGAAAACAAUCAAAUAAAUGAGUUGAAUGUUUCAAAUGAGAGGGACAACACAGAUUUAUCGACUACUUAUUUAGAAAAAACCCAUUCAGCUGAACCGAAGAUUGGACAACUGUUCAAAUCUCAUUUAAAACGAUGUAAUGAAAUGAAUAAUCUCGACAAAACUGAUGAAUGGAAAAGAUAA